UCUUCCUCGCAGCAAAGCUGAAAACUUUCUGGGUUUUCAUACGAACAGCCUCAAACUCGAUGUCCUGGGAGGAAGAGAAGCCUGAUUGUAUCAUUACUCCGAAACUGAAUGUUGGGGGUAAGCUUCGGGCUGAUGCCAGCAAUGGGAACACUAAUGUAUUCAUGAAUGGCAAAGAGAUCACAAAGAUUGAGCUUAGGGUGCUCAAGCUGGCCAAAGUGCAGUGCCCUCCAGAUACUGAUUUCUUGGUGUAUGAAGAUGGUACAUAUGAGGAGGAAGGGCAGAAUAAUUUUAAAAGAAACAUAUGGGGAAAGGCACCCAUCCGUUUCAUUUGUUCAUUAUUCUCAUUGCCUGUACCAUCUCGUAAUCAAAAUGGGGCAAGAGAAGAUCCUAUGACACAACCUUGAAGUAGGUCCAUCCCUGAAUACUUGGAUCAGGCAAGAGUUCAAAAAAUUUUGUUAUUUGAUCUGGAGGGAUCUGGAACUAGCACCAUCUUCAAGCAGGACAUUUUAGAAAUGCUUGGUUUAUCGUUCGUUUUUUCCAUGAACUAGGCCAAGUUCUUAUAUGGGAACGAGUUCACUCCCGAAAAGGUGCAGAACAUGAAGCUCAUGAUUCA